AUGACUAGCACUCAGGCUGCUAUCACGUCACUAGAGGCAGGUCAGCGGAACCAGGGUGCCAUUUUGCAGGAUCUGCAGACCCAGGUGGGCAUCUUGGCCCGCCAAAACACUACCAGGGCAACGGGGACUCUGCCUGCCACCACUAUCCCGAAUCCUCGGGAUCCUCACCAGCUCCAGCAGCUGGAUGCCAUUUUUACCAGGAGCGGUAAGACCAUAUCUGGUGAUCCUGUGCCGGCCAGACAGGAGGAACCACUACCUGCUUCAGCACUUCCAGCCGACGAUGCAGAAGUGCGGGUGGAGAAGGAAGCCCUUGCUCCAAAGCCACAACCAGUGGUUAAGGAGCAUGUACCCCAGCUUCCCUUCCCCACUCGCCUACACAAAGACAAGUUGGAGACUGAGUUUGCCAAUUUUAUGGCAAUGUUGAAGCAGCUCAACAUCAGCAUACCGUUCGUGGAGGCACUGUCGAAGAUGCCCAAGUAUGCCAAGUUCAUGAAAGAUCUCCUCACCAACAAGAAGAAACUUUGGGAUCUCUCGACAGUGUUGCUGAGCGAGGAGUGUUCUGCUAUCCUGCAGAACAAGCUGCCCGAAAAGCGCAAGGAUCCAGGGAGUUUUACUAUCCCUCUUACUAUUGGCAGCAUGCAUGUAGGCAAGUCCUUUGCCGGACCUAGGCGCUAG